AUGGCAGUUGAUCUGUCAAAAAUAGCGAACAAUAUGGUUCGAUCUGUCGCCAGUGGCGAGGUAACUUUAUGAUCAUUGAUCUAAAUCGUUCUACAUUUUGCCAAAUAGUUAAAAUAGUUUUUAGAAAUAUCCAAUUGUACUUGAGUCUUGACUGACAAUGUUUAACCAAACUUCCGGAUCACGCAUGGUUUAAUAUAUGAUGAUGCUUUACAGCUGCGCCAGUGCUAAUGAUUGGUUUAUGUCUUACUUAUAUGAUUUUAUAGUGCCAAAGUAGAUUUAAUACCAUCAUCACAGCAUCACCCAGAUUCAUAAACCAUUAAAAGUACCAUUACAUUUGAUUUACAUUAUUUACCACUAUUCAUUACAUGUGAUCUACUAUCAUUAGAUUGCAUUAUUAUUCAGCUCCUUUUCAUUGACCGAUUACACCGCGUAUUAUGCUUACUUAUGUUACUUACUUAGCCUAGACUAUUUAUCUUUACAACAAUUGUGAUAUUACUUUCUUAACUGUGUUUAUCCUAACCCACCCUGUCAACUUUCCCUGUGGGAGGAAACUGGAGAAAACCCAUGACUUUUGGCCGAGUGUUGAUGGACUCUUUUCACAUGAGCCCUUAAAGUAGUGAGAAUCGAACCUACAAUCUCAAAGGUGAAAGGUGCUUGCUCUGAUAACUGUGGCAUAUAUCAUUGCCUACUAUUACUCAGUGCCAUUACCAAGUAUCGCCUAUCACCAUUGACCAUUGUUUUACUUUAUCAAAAUUCACUAUUUUGUAAAUAUCUAAGUAUGGGUAUUAUCUGUAACUAUUUGUUGCAUCCACCAUCAUGUGAUUACCUACAUAUUGUUCAACACCAUGCAUCUACCAUCACUGAGCAUUGCCCACCACCAACAACAAAGAUGGGUUUGCAUGAGGUUGCAGCUUCUAUCACUUUGCAUCAUCUCUGAAGUUAUGAAUUAUAAUAGUAUGGUACACCAUAAUCUAUUAUUAUUUACCACCAUCUACUAGUACUAUCCUGUAAUACAAGAUCUGCCAUCAUUUAGCAUUGUCUAUAAAAUCACAUUCACAAUUAUCAACCACAUUUAAGUACUGCUGCCCUUUUUUUCAUUUACCGGUACCAUCAUCUACCAUCAUAUACUUUGCUCAUUUACCAUUACCACACAUUAUCUACCAUUGAUGACUAUAAGUUAGCAUAAUCUACCUCACUAAUUACUGGCCUGUUAUCAACAACCAUCAUUAUCCAUCAUGAACCACUGUCUACCAUCCACUAAUGAUCUAAUUGUCUUCUAUGAUUGUUCAACAUCAUAUACCAUAAUUCAUCAUCAUCUACCAUCACCCAACAUCAUCUACCAUCAUCCAAUGUCAUCUACCUUCACCCAACAUAAUCUACCUUCACCCAACAUCAUCUACCAUCCCUCAGCAUAAUCUACCAUCAAUUUUCACCAUUGUGUACCACCAUUCAGUAUCAUACAUCAUCACCUACCAUCAUCUAUUAUCAUUCAGCACCAUCUAAUAUAAUCACCAUCAUUCUUUAUCAUUUUGCAUCCUGACGAUCGACCAUCACCAGCCACCAUCAUCUGCCAUCAGCUACUAUUAUACAGUCAUCCACCAUCAUCUAGUGUUCACCAUCAUCAUGAUACCAUCUAGCCACCAUGUACCAUCAUUGAGCAUCAUGUAGCAUCAUUCAAUAUCAUCUAGCAUUGUCUAUCAUUGCCUACCAUAUGAUUAAGAUGAUUUAGCAAUAACUUCCAAAAUUCAUCCUCUAUAUAGCUCUACCAUAAUUUACACAUGUGCAAAAAUCUCACAUUUUGUAACAAGUCUGCCAACAAGCCGUCAACAAGAUGUAUUCGCACUGCUUGUUACAAGUUGUGAACAGGUUUGGAACAACUUGUUGACAACUUGUAACAACCUUGUUGAAAUUAUCAGACUUGUACAUGUUGCAAGGUUGUUCUGACAAGUCUGUUACAUGCUUGAUAUCACAAGAUUGUCACAACCUUGUGUUGACAACUUUGUAACAUUCUUGUUAUAUCAUGGCUGUAACAAACUUGUUGGCACAGUCUUGUAACAAGGCUGAUAAUGCCAUCAAGCUUGUUACAAGUUGUUAACAGCUUGUUCCAAACUUGUUACAACAAACUGGAAACAAGCAGUGCGAACACAACUUGUUGACAGCUUGUGAAUAGACUUGUAACAACUUGUUUGCAGACUUGUUGCAAACUGUGCGUUUUUACACAACGUGUAUCUUUACCAACAUCAUUCACCCUCUAUGAAUGUAUGCCCAGAGGAACAUUCUCUGCCAGACAAUCCGGCACUUCUAGGAUAACCUACAGCAUAUUCAUUUUCGACGUGUUUUUUCUGCAGAUGGUGGCAAUGAGUAGUAUUUGGGAGAAAACUACGACAGUAAUCGUAUUCCUACGCAGAUUCGGAUGACAGUUAUGUCGACUGUGGUCGACCGAGCUGAGCGAGAUCAAACCACAGUUAGAUGCAAACAAUGUCACUCUAGCUGGAAUUGGUUUGGAAGACCUUGGCUUGGACGAGUUUGUGAAGGGAGAGUAUUUCAAAGGAGGUUGGUUUAGAUAUAGGAAAUCUUUCAUCCAAGCCCAAGGAAAAUUGACUUCUAGUUCCAUACAAGUUGCCAAUAUAUAAGCUUAUAGGAAUAUAGCUUUAUAAAUAGUUGGUUCUAUUGUAAUAAUUUCCUUUAGAUUUGUACAUUGAUGCAGAGAAAAAGAAUUACAAAGCAUUGGAGUUCAGACGGUAGGAUUUGUAGUCUCAAUAUGGUCGUGUUCUGGUUGAAUCCAGGCCAAUCGGCCGUCCAACUAUCUUAUAGACGUUGUAAAUGCCCGUUUACACUUGCAAUAGACAAUUCCCAUUAUAGACUAAUUUUUUAUCUUGGCAAAAAAGGUAUAUUCCCGGAAAGGGCAUAUACUAAAAGUAGUAAAAUUGCAAAGUUUGGUUGCGAAAUGUUGUAAAAUGCGGAAAAUAUAGCCUUGCAAAGUUCGCAAAUUUUGUAUACUUUUAUAUUGCGUGUGGAAAUUGCUACUACCACAUUUCGGCCGAAAAUGGUCGUCUCGGCGAAUAUUCCCCGAUAAUCACCUCGCCUUCGGCGAAUAAUUGUUAAAUAUUGUAAAGGACUAACGGUUUAUAUUUCUAUCUGUUUAAUUGGGCGAUUUUAUUCAUUCUAAAGGUAUAAUGUCCUUACCAUUAUUCCAAGUUUGGCGGCAAAAGAAACGAGAAAUUCUGUAUCAAGGGUAUGCUUAAUUGAGAAGUUCGUUGAUUCUAUUCAUAAUUUAGGUUGUUGAACAUUAUAUGUCCAAGAUUCUUCCUAAGUUGACGCAUACACGUAAAAACGCACAAGUUGUCACAGGUCUGCAAACAAGUUGUUACAAAUCUGUUUCCAAGCUGUCGACAAGUUGUGUUCGCACUGCUUGUUCGAAUUCCUAGUUAUUCUAAUAAGUUUGGGACAAACUGUCAACAACUUAUAACAAGGUUGAUGGCAUUACCAGACGUGUUACAUGGUUGUUCUAACAAGUGUGAUACAGUCAUGAAAGAACAGGAAUGUUACAAAGUUGACAACACAGGGUUGUAACAAUAUUGUUAUAGCAUUACUGUAUUGGACUUGUUGGAACAACCUCGCAACAAUUCUGAUAAUAUCGACAUGAUUGGUACAAGCUGUUAACAGCUUGUUCCAAACUUGUUGACAAGCAGUGCGAACACAACUUGUUGACGGCAGACUUGCUACAAGAUGUGACUGAGGUUUUUGCGUGUAUAGUGAAGGUGUAAUUUGUCUUGUUAACAGUUUGCGAAUGCUAUAGCAUAUAGCAGCUGGGUGAAUCACCACCCAAUACUGUACAGGGGUUGGAAUUUAAAUUUGUUUUUACUAUACUACCGGAAUAGUAGAUUUUAAAAUUUAUGAUAUUAAUACGUCUGGAGGUCCAUUAUUUCAAGAGGGUCUGUUCACAAGCUAGUGUUACUAUAAAAGCUGUAUAUUUUUUAUACAGUCCAACCUUAAGAAGAUCACAGGCAAUUACAAAGGAGAUGGUAUGCAGACUGGCGGUCUAAUUAUCGUCACAGCUGGUGGAGAGAAAGUCUUGUUCAGCUUUAAACAGAAAUCACCUGGUGAUCAUGUGGAAAAUGACGUCAUUUUAAACGCUCUUGGCAUUACGUCACCAGCUGCGGAACCUGCUGCCGAAGGCGGAGCAGAGGGGGAAACGAAGGAAGAAGGUGAAACGAAAGAAGAGGGGGAAACGAAGGGAGAAGGUGAAACGAAGGGAGAAGGUGAAAUGGCUGGAGAUGAGGGGAAGGUGGCACCCGAAGGAGAGAAGCCUGAUGGCGAGGGGGAGAAGACUGAACCUGAGGGGGAGAUAGCAGCACCAGAGGAAGAGGGAUGUGGACCUCCAGGCGGUGGUGGUUGCUGA